AGAAGCAAGAAAACUAUCUUUGGUUCUUCACAAAAAGCACAAGAAAUCAAGUGCACCACAGGUACUGCUGGUUAUGGCGGAAGAGAGAAUGAAGGGCGAAGAGGAGAAGAGAAUCCCACGCGCGGAAAUGGCAGAAUCCCCUACCGCUGAAUCAAUCAUCGCUUCUGUCAAUUCGAAGGCGGAGGACUCAAAUCAGCUGAAGCAAAACGAUCGCAGCGCAUCUCCUUCAUCCUUAACAAAGAAUACCAAUCCUGCAGAUGCCACUAGUAAUGGGAACAAGGCGAAAUCAUGCAAAGGGUGUCUCUAUUAUUCGUCACGUUUCAAGGCCGAUUCUCGGAACCCUCUAUGCGUUGGCCUUACCCGUUCCCUUCCCAGUGUACCUCAACAUAUGGUCGGACAAUCUGAAAUGGAAGCAUCUAAAGAGGGUAGAAACCUAGCAGAUUUUAGAUAUGCCUGCGUCGGCUAUUCUCUUUACUCGGACCAUAAAGAACAAGCCUCAAAGGGGCGACAGACUCAAACAGAAUUGCCAGUUUGCGUAGGACUUGAGGUUUUAGUGGAUCGCAGAGUUAACGCUUCUGAUUCUACUCAUAUUCAUAAUAAAGAAGAUGGCAAUGGAUUGCCUCAGCAUCGAUUACCUAAACCAACUAAUCCAACGGGGGAUGAGUUUUUUAGCAGGUUUACUCGAAAUGCGAACCUGGUUGCAAACGGCGUAGUCAAGAACAUACGUAAAGUCGGGAAUCAAAUAAAACAGAGUCUUGAUGACAUACUGUAUCCCUACAGAAGAAGACCGAAGUAAGAGGCUGAUUCAGCGUGUCUGGAAAAAUAAAAUGUGGUGGAGCAGGAAUCAACCUUGAGCAAUAAUGUAAUAUACCUCUGCUGUCUCCGUUUACUGCAUUCCUCUUCUCCUUGUUCAAAUUGGUAACUCACAUCAAGGACAGGAGAGGCAAUUUUUUUUGUUCUUAUAUAUGGAUAACAAUUAUGUGGCUAUUUCUGUACCGAUCUUUUGGUUGUGGGAAGUAGGAAUUCUGUUAUAGGCUGCAUGUCAUAGCCUGUACUGUAUGCUUCAUUUUAUUACUGUAAAGUGACAACUGUGGAAUUUACCAAGUUUAAAUCAUGGUCUUCCUUAGGAAUGUCGAAGUGGAAGUUGUGGUCUGUA